GUUUGAAAAUAGUGAGACAAGCACAAUUAAGUUUAGCAAUCAAAAGAUAAAUUCAAUUUUACCACAAUAACAUAUCCGGUGUAAUUGAACGAGUGCGUUCAAAUUCAAUUUUGUGAUAAGAAAUUAACGGGUCACACUCGAGUAGCACGAUGUCGUUUUACAUUGGUCGUGAGGCUUCAAAGCUAUGGAAGAGGAUUUGUACGGAGAGUGGAAUAGAAAUCAAUCUUCUUUCGGAGAAGUGGAAGUAUAUUCUUGGAGGUUUGAUAUUUCAGUACAUACAUGGAUUUGCUGCUCGAGGGGUUCACUACAUACAUCGGCCUGGACCUACUCUUCAGGAUGUCGGCUUCUUUCUUCUUCCGGAGCUUGGGCAAGACAAAGGUUACAUAAGUGAAACUGUAUUCACCACACUCUUUCUGUCUUUUGUCUUGUGGACAUUCCAUCCUUUCUUUUUCAAAAUCAAAAAGAUCUAUACAGUGCUGAUAUGGUGCAGGAUCUUGGCUUUCUUAGCUGCUUGUCAGUUCCUUCGGAUCAUCACAUUCUACUCUACACAGCUUCCUGGUCCAAAUUAUCACUGUCGUGAGGGAUCAAAGCUUGCCACAUUGCCUCCUCCAAAUAGUGUUUUAGAAGUUCUAUUGAUUAAUUUUCCUAGGGGCAUGCUUUAUGGUUGUGGUGAUCUGAUAUUUUCAUCUCAUAUGAUAUUCUCUCUAAUCUUUGUGCGGACAUAUCAUAAAUACGGGACACAAAGAUUUAUAAAACUGUGUGCUUGGUUAGCUGUAAUUGCUCAGAGCUUCUUGAUUGUUGCAUCUCGCAAACAUUACACUGUGGACGUUGUUGUGGCAUGGUACACUGUUAAUCUAGUGGUGUUCUUUGUUGACAAACAGUUGCCAGAACUGCCUGACCGAACUAGUGCAGCGUUGAUUCUACCACUGAGCAAAGAUAGCAAGGCUAAGGAAGAGAAUCACAAACUUCUGAAUGCAAAUUCUGGAGAUCCUGCAGAAUGGAUUUAGAGAAGCGUUCUGGAUUGUGUAUAGAUGUGUAUAACCCAAAUUUAUGAAAAGAUCAUUGAAGAUGGGAGCACAGUUCAUGUUGAAGCAGUGAUGAAUGGUGUAUAGACGAUACAUAGAGUGCAACUAACUGAAGCUGGUUAAAAGUACUUCUGUUCAACAUCAUUACAAGGUUGGUCUGACAAAUGAUUCCUGAUGUUCCUCCUAGUUCACUAGUUUUGGUUUAUAACGUCGAAUACAAAAUCGAAGGUCAAUGCUGUUGAUGUAUCCAUGUUCCCUUUGGUUAAAAAUUAUCGAAUGUAUAAUGGAUUCCAUCUUCAGCUGAUAAAUUAUCUGUUUAAUUUUGUACUCCCCAA